AUGGCGGCGACUAUUAAAGAUCCAGAGGAAGACUCCUCUAGGCCCAAAGGAAAGCAUAUCAAAGCUGUAUUGGUGAAUAAGCUGGAAGGAUGCAGUGGUGUAGUAAAUAUGGCCGUUACUAUUCCACACGAAGAUGCAGUAAUCAGUGUUUCUGACGAUAAGUGAGUGGAAGCUGCUUAUGGAUCGAUCUUUGAAGAGUUGUGCAAUUUUCGAUUGUUUUGAUUGUAAAUCGUAUCCCAUGUAAGUUCAGUUUAGGUCGAAGGUUAAUUUCAUGUGCUUUGUUUCCCUUCCAGGAGUAUAAGGCUUUGGAUCAAACGAGAAAGUGGGCAAUAUUGGCCAAGCGUUUGCCAUGUAAUGGAGUGUAAGUAUGGAUAAAUUGUAUCUCACAUCUACUUGCUUGACUUUCCUCCAUGUAUAUCCAGAGAGCGUUCUUUUCAUUUCCUUUGUAUAUUUCAGAGAUACGUUCAUAGCCUUUUCGCUCGAAGACAUCUACUCCCUUGUUAAUGUUUGCUGAAAAUCUUUUAAACUUACUGAAUUGACUUGCUAAGUACGAGUGGGUUGCUCGUUAUGAAAGUUCUUGUUGAUAGAGAUUUACAUGCAUUUUAUAUUUUGGUGAAAUCUGGUUUCAAGUAUUCAGUUAAUUUCUUUUUUAGCCGAAUGUUCCGCCUUAGAUUAUCAUGGAACAAGUAGGAGAUUGUUCGUAGGACUGGACGAUGGAGCAAUUUCUGUAAGUGCAUAUGAAUCAUGUUUGGCUCAGGCCGAUAAUGAUCAACAGUACAUCCACUAUUGUGAAAAUCCUUAGUAUAUCUAGGGCUGCUACCUGGAUGGAAGAGUGUUGGAAAACUUCCCCUUUGAACUUUCGUCAAAAUCGUAGUCAUAAAUUGAGAUUCAGAGAGUUGAUUCUAAACCCGAAGUGGCUAAAAUUAAAUUCUGGCACAAAAUGUUUCGUUAACCAAACAUAAUAUCCAUCAAGUACAGCAUUUUGGCAAGAAAGACUUUCUUUAGAGUGCAUAGUUGUGUAUAUGCCAAUUAUUCCAGAAGAAAAAAAUUGAAGAUUUGUGUGUUACCUCUGAAUAGGAGUUUGAAGUGUCUGAGGAUUUUAACAGACUUCAUGCUAGUAGGAAGUAUUUAGGUAAGUGCACAAUGUCACAAAAAGAUCGGUGGAUGGUUGCUUUGGAUAUUUGCAUGUACUGAAAUUAUGACUUUUCAACUUUUGUUGAAAAGAAAAAGAUGAAAGGAUACAUUUAUAAUCAAUUUCUUCAAGUUUCCAUACAAACCAUGCAAAAGUUGGUUCCAAAGUCUGUUUUUCACAUUCUAGUGGGUUGUGUGAGUUAAACAGUCAUCCUGGAAUGGGACAUUGUUUCUCAAUUAUUGGCACCUUCUUGGCAUUAAUUUGUUCAAACAAAACUCAGGGCUCUAACUAGAUCUGCUCAGAGUGAUCCUUUUCUAGAUGAUGCUGCCCUUUGAUAUCACUUACUUGCACAGUAUAGCUUGAUCAACUGCAGCAAUCAUACAACAGCUAAAAAAUUAAUGUAAGUCAGGGUGAAGGAGAGGAGCUAGCAAUGUGCUGAGUGGCUUCAUGUUCUAAAUCCUAUGGGCUUGGGUGGUAUGUAGCUACAUAAAUGAGCUUUAGUAAAAGACCUACAUUUUAUAUUUAUUUUUGUUUAGCACACAUGAACAGAUUGACAGGAAUUGUGUUUUCACUGGAGAAUGAAUGGCUGCUCAGUGUAGGAAGAGAUAAAUAUUUACAGUGGCAUGACUGCACAACGGGCAAAAGAUUAGGAGGAUUUCAAACUGAAGCUUGGUGCACAUCAUUGCAGUAUCCUGAGCAAUCAAAAUGUUAAUGGCUGAACCCAUUUACUCCCAAGAUCUCAUUAGUAAUUCUCCUUACUGUCUGCCAUUUAAUUCUUACAGUGUUGGUCCUGAUAAUUUAGUAUUGGAUCAACUGAUAAUCCACCAAUUCAUAUCUUUCUUUAUUCUCAUCACUCACUUGUUUCAAAUUGUAUUCAUAUUGUAAGGAGAAAUUGUCUUGGUCACUUGUUGGAGUUGAAGGUUAACCCUUAAGCCUGACUUAAACAUUGAGCUCAUGGAAACAAAGGAAAUGAUUGUCAAAAAAGGAGCUUUUGAAUGUACACAAGUUCUCCCUGUAUACUUAUCAGACAUUGGAGAUCAGAGAAUUAUGUGGCUGCUAGGCAGUAUAAUCUGGUUAUAUCUUAAUUCCCUGAGCUAUUUAUAAACCCUUUUAGCCUCAGGAAUGACCAAAAAUGCAUUUCUCAUCACAAUAUGAACACAUUUCAAGCAGAAAGGUUAGGAGAAGUAAGAAAAAUUUAACCUAGGGAAUAUUCCUUGAUUGAACACCAAAUUCUUUCAUUUAAAAUUGAGAAAUGUCAAGCAAUCAGUUUGGAUAAUUUAUAUUUUAGUCCUUGGAGAGGUAGGGUUAUCAGACAUAGAGAACAUUCUCCUGUUACUAUACUAUAUUACCAUAUAUAUAUUGCUGUUGAACCCUGAGAGGAUUACAGUAACUUACAACUAUAGAUUACAAAUUACCUUCUAGAAAAAGGUUAUGUUAGACCUCCAAGAUACUCAAACCCUGAUGUAGCUGUCUUAAAAUGAGCAUCUGCAACACUGCAGUCUUCCUUAACACGUUUCAGAUUUGAUGCUGAAUCCAAGCAUGUCUUUGUGGGAGACUAUGGUGGCCAUAUUAGCGUUAUAAAACUGGAGUCAAGUUCACUAUCACUAGUGACGACACUCAAUGGCCACUCAGGCAAGUUACGUCCAUGGCACUCAUGGUUUGGCACAGGUGAUUUAGCUUGUGUCCUGUGCUGUUUUGAAGACUCUUAGAAACUUUUUACACUGAAUUGAAAAUUAACCACUGAAAUCUUUCUGGGUCGUGUGUAAAGUAAAAAGCACAUGAGCCUACAACACAAUUUCAAGCACUGAACCCAUUACACCUUAACAUUAUGCAUAUUCUCCAUACUGUUCUCCAUACAUUUCCUAGGUUCCAACAGGGAGAAUUUGUAAAACCAUCAAGAGCUUUGUUAGUUGCUGAUCAUUUCCUUUAUUCUCACGACUUAAACCUUUUAUUCAGGGGUGAUAUUGUAAGGAGAAAUUAGAAAUUUGUCACUCUUAGGGAUUAAAGGGUUAAGGAGGCUCCAUAAGCUUUUUUGUCUGUGCAAGAUCUGAGUGCGAACAUAGCACAAGCUUAUUAAGUGUCAACAUGCAAAACAAACAUAGCACCUUGAUACAAUUGCAUGAUCAUUACCUGAAAAGGUGUGUUAAAAACAGUUCAACACAAUACAGUUCUUUUUGUGAUGGAAUCCAGGAGCAACUGCACCUGUAAUAUUCAUAAGCUUUCUUCUGAAAAAGAGGUCAACUGAAAAGAAAACACAGUGGGAAAGAUUGCCAGAAGGCGACAGAUUCAAAAGUCUACACAUGAUCAGAUACUGAUUGAAUGAUCGGCUGGACGACUUCCACAAAUUGUAAAAAUUUUGAGAGAUUUCACUGGAGCAAAUUGUAGAAAACCAAAGGCAAAGCCAAAUUAUGGCUGGCACGCCUCUCCUCUUAAAGCCUUAGCAUAACAAUGAAAAUCAUUUUGAUAAUAUUUACUGCAAUAGUAAGAACCUUGCUCAUUGCCUUUUGAUGGCUUUUAGUGACCUCAAAAAGCAAAAACAUGAAAAUUUUCUAGAAAAAUAUUAUGCUGAUGCAUGCACUAACAUAAAGCAAAAACCCUAUGGAGGCUCCUGAACAAUUUGCUUUUUCUGAAAAAAAAUUAGGCAAAGUCUCAACAGGAACUUUGGUGGCCCAUGCCUCAAGGGCUUCCUAUGGUUUCUUUAAAAUGAAGUUAGGUAGGCUACAUCUCCUGGAUGAGAUUCUGCUCAUUCUGGGUAUAUCCUAGCAUUAAACCAGGUGUCUAUAGCAAGAGAAAAAGACUUGGGGCUAAUUUUCUUGCUCAAAACUGCCACAGUCAAUGCUAGAACUAGGCUCCUCUCAUCUGGAGUCUUCCACACUUGGGAGCAAGACAGUGUGUUUCCCCUUCAUGUUUAAUAUAAUUCAUAGAGUAAACAAUGAAUGGAACUUUAUUGCCAUUUAAAAAUUUUCCUUUAGUAGUUGCCAUUAUUCUAUAUCAUUAUCCAUUUUGUUUUUAGGAAGUGUAAGAUCACUAGCUUGGGAUGCUGAGUCAAAACUGUUGUUCUCUGGUAGUUUUGAUGAAUCCAUUAUUGUUUGGGACAUUGGAGGACAAAAAGGAACUGCUUUGGAACUUCAUGGACAUAUGUAAGGUUUACUUUUUUACAAAUUUUUUUAGAUUGAACUCCCCUGGCCCAUAGGUUAAUUCUAAUUUCUUCAUAUCUUCAUGGAAAAAUUUUGUCAUUUUUACUACCAAGUCUUUGGAAUUCCAAGAGAGAGAUAAUACAUGCUGAUACAUUUACCCAUUACGGAAAGUGCUGUUUUGUUUUGCACUUGAUGUGUCUUUUGUAAAGGUGCCAUUAUGACCUUGUUCAAAUGAUACGAGAUUGUACAAUCAAAGUUAACUUUUCAAUUCAUUUGAUAAACAUGUACCUCCUUCAAAUAAUUUUAAGUCUUGUAACGAACAUGUGAUGAGAAGAGGGAAAAGCAUCAGAUGCUCACUGUCAUCUUGUUGUAACACCAAAUUCUCUGAAUGAACAUACAAGAAAGAGUAUGGCAGCUUAGAGGGAGAAUAUCCAAUCAGAUCUGUGAAAGAGUUAAAGAAAUUAUGCAUUGAUAACCUUUACUGUCUUUUACUAUAUUGUUGAUUUGUUUGUUUUUUUGGUUGUUUUUGUUUUUGUUUUUUCAAGAACCAAAGUUCAAUCCCUUUGUUAUGCUCCACAUGCAAAGAAGUUGAUAUCCUGUAGUGAAGAUGGUAUUGUUAGGAUUUGGGAUAUGAAUGUAAAACGAAAAGAGGUAUGAAUGAAUCAGUCUUUAUGUUCAACUUAGUGUAUGUGUCUUUCAUGUGCAUUUGCUCAGCACCCAUAGCAUAAGUUGGCAACAAGCAGUUCAUUUGAUCAAUAAAUUACAAGUAGUUAGCUAGUCAGUUGUAUUCACUCACCCAUCAGCCCAUCAGCUAGUUAAUCUGUUUUAAGUCAGUCAGUUGGUUGAUUUAUUGUUAGUAGGAGACCAAAUGUGGACUAAGCCCUUACGGGAAUCAUUGUUUGUUGCAAGAAACUUAAAUCCCACAGAUCACUUUCUGCCACAAACAAUCCUUUCCGUACACUUUUCUCUCUUUUAUAUACUCUUUGACUUCCUUAGAGUAACUAGCAUUUUAUUUCUCAGCUACAAUAUCACCCCUGAAUCACACAUUUAGGUCACUAGAAUAAAGGAAAUGAUCACCAUUUAAAGAAGCUCUUGAUCAUUGAACUAAUUCUCCUUAUCAGCACCUUAGGAAAUGUUUAGAGAACAGUGUGGAGAAUAUACACACUGAUGUCAGGGUGUAAAAGCUUAAUAUAAAAUGGAUGGUGCAAAUUUUCUGAGUUUUGAAAUGCAAGCUCCAUCACUCCUAAAUUUUAUCCAGGUUUGAGUCCAUGUAUUGGGGUUGGUCAAUAGGUUGAUUUUGUUUUUAUUGAACGUAAUGAAUAUUGCCGAUUUAGGUUUACAAGUGCUUUUAUUUGAGUUAGAAUCAUUUAAUAUUCAUGUAUCAAAUCAAUUUGUUACAAAGGAAGGAUGCCAAUGAGGAUUUCUCGUUCCAUUUUGACAUUUGUUAUUUAACUCUUGGUAGACUCCAGAAUGGUCACAAAGCGAUGUCUGUGAGAGAUGCGGAGGUCCUUUCUUUUGGAACUUUAAAGGAAUGUGGAGCCAAAAAGCAGUCGGUGUCAGGCAGGUAUGAUGAUAAUUCCCUACAGUAAAUGCUUUGAACCCACAAUCUGGAACAAAAUUAGUUGAUACAUGACAUUCAUCUUUCCAUUUCUGAGGAGGUACCAGGAAAUUAAAAUUUGAAACUAACUGCACCUCAUUACAACACCUCUUAUCUUUAAUCACUCAAUUUUGUACAACCACAGAAAACGAUUAGAUAAAAAAGUACAGGGUGAGAGCGGGUGAAAGUAAAGCUACCGGGGGUACAACUGGAGUGCUAUUCUUGAAUGUUGCGCUCUCAAUGGAAAUGUGGAAACUUUUUUGUCCUUGGUUGAAGGCGUAAUAGCUAAUCGUGAAAUAUGAUUGUGUCGUUGAGAAUAGUCCCUAGAGGGACUAUAGUCUGCAGCAGUAACUAAUGUUAAGACAUGGUACCCGGUCACUUUACCAACGUGUUGAUUCGUUGGUGUCUGCCAACUCGCAGUCACUUUUAAUCAACUUGCCCAAAGUCGUCUUUGGUCUUUGGUAACAAAUCCAGUAACAAAAAUUAGUGUCGGCGAGUUGACAAGUGGUGUCGUCGAGUUGACCAAAGCUGAAGGUGAAGUGAGCAGUAGCCCUCGACAUUUCUACUGGGUCGCUCUGAUAAUCUGGUCGUUAAAACCUUUGUAACUGUAAUCUAAAACAGUUCUUUUUAGCUCUGCUAUCACCCGUGCAUUAAGGCUUCUUAGAAAAAAUUAUUGCUAUGAUGAAUCUGUUAAAAAAAAUUAAAAUAAGGCAGGAUUUUUUUUUAAAUUUUCAAGUUUGAUAUUCAUAUAGUACGGUGGCCCACAACUGUCACGGAAAAAGAAAUAACCUCGCGGCAAAAGAAAAAGACUUACGACAAGAGGAAGAACCUCACGGCAAAAGAAAAAGACUCACGGCAAAAGAAAAAGACUCACGACAAGAGGAAGAACCUCACGGCAAAAGAACCGUGAGGUUUUUUAUUUUGCCGUCAGUCUUCUUCUUUUUGCCGUGAGGUUUUUUCUUUUGCUGCGAGUCUUUUCUCUUUUGCCGUGAGUCUUUCCUCUUUUGCCGUGAGUCUUUUUCUUUUGCCGCGAGUUAUUUCUUUUGCCGUGACAGUUGUGGGCCAACGUAAUAUAGGGAAUUUAACUUUAAACUGAUCGGAAAGAUGUACGAGAAAAAGAAAUAUUGUUUAGUUUUUUUUUUCAGCAUCAUUGUCGGAAAUGUGGUAGAGCGGUGUGUAACGAGUGCAGCAACAACGAAUCGUCUUAUCCAAUCAUGGGCUUUGAAAAUUCAGUCCGUUUUUGCACUGAGUGUUAUGCAGAUAUCACAGAUGAGGAGUAAGUCUGAUAAGUUGUUGUCAGCAUGCUCGGUCAAUGUGUACUGUAUGGACUUGUCAAACCCCUUCAAUGGUAAAACUACAGACGAACCUGUAUUAUUACAUAUAGGUCGGUUUUCAAAGCCUCGAUUUUUUUUCUCCUUGAUUAAUGUCAUUUUCACCUCUAUUAAGUGGUCACCUUUCGUAAACGGUUGUGGUCACCCUUAACUGAGUCCCAACGGCCUGUUUGUAUUGUCCUUCCGGCCCGUAUUGAAUGGACAUUUAAAAUGGAACUACUUAAGUACAACUAAGAAGUAAUCUUUGAAGUAAAACUUAAUCCAUGUUUAUCUCCCAAAAUGAACGUUAGUCUAAUUUUUGUCAACCGUGGCAUAAAAUGGCGUUUUUUUACCGUUUUUCAUAAUACUCCUAUUCUAUGGAGCCUUUCGUAAGUGGUCAGCCUGUAUUGAGCACCAUUCCCCGUGAGUGACCGCUUAAUACAGGUUCAACUGUAUUAGCGUCAGGGACUGGCAUGUUUCCCAAUUAAUCGUUCGAUACACUGGCAUUUUAGGGACACAAUGGGCAAGGAUUAAAGGAGGUUUUUCUUUGCAGGCUGUACCUAAGAAAAUCCUCUUAAUGUAACGAAGAUUUUGAUGUAUGAUGUAUCCAUGCUCAAAUAACAGGGCCAGCGAGUGAUUCGUGCCCUUGUGUGAGAAUUACGCUGUUUUAAGGAAGAAAAAACAACGCUCGGUCUGGUUUCAACACUAAUUGUGAACUGGAAUUUGUGUUUACCCAGAGAGAGAAAAAACCUCCUGUUGAUCUCAGUGAACUUAGUCAAGUAAAAACAAACUGUCAACCUCAUUAACAACCCUGUUAAAGAACAGAGUCCAUAUGUCCGUUAAAUAACUUAGAUAUUCUUAUAUCUCUACUUCAGCCGAGAACCUCUAGCUGAUUUUCACGACGCAAAACAUACAACUCGUUCGUUACAUUUGGAUCUCAGUAAAGGAAGAUUACUGACUUGUGGUGGUGAUAGGAUAAUUAAGGUCAGUUUGGCGUCUCCUUUUGAAUGUCUUUGUUUGAGCUCUCUACUCUUUCUCGAUAUCUCUGUACAAGCUCAGAACUGAUUUUCGUUUCCAGGUACUUCAGGUUGUUUUGACGUGGAAUAUGUGUUUUCUUGCAGAUUUGGGACAUAAAAGCAAUUCUCCUGUCAUGAGCAUCGACUAGACCUCUUUGAGAACUCUUAACAUUUCGGCAGUUACAAGAUGGUUGGAUGUAAUUAAACACAAUUUUCUUUCGCCAUUCUAAGCAUCCUGAGGCCUUGUGGAGGCAAACAGAUGUAGCAACGGUGGACUCGUCAUUUUGAUCUUAAACAACUGGAAUAAAUCUUUAAUUUGUUCCAAGUUUUAUACAAUCAUUUAAUUCUCGUCCGAUUAGAUGUCUUGUUACUUGAUUUUACGAUGUGUUUUGUCACCAGGCCGCUGUUCAAUAAUGUUACGUAACACACUUCGUAAGCUUGCAUGAAAACUUGAGCAACGGAUUUUUUGCAAUGAUUCCUGUGAACGAUAUCACACUAAAACCGUAGCGACGUCUUAAAUGGACAGCAAACCCGUCGCCAAACUGCCUGCAGUUAUUUUUGUCGAGAGAGCAGUUUCUUUUGUUUUGGACUGGUGGAAACAAAGCAAAUUUAUUGUAGUUUUUAGCUCUUUCCAUUAAUAAUUCCCAUUAGGAGUUUUUCUGUAAUGGUUGAAUUUUAAAAAUAGCUUUCGUCAUUGAGUAGGACUGAUUUCCUCUUUUCAGAAACUUGAUCU